AUGGAAGAGAAUCCAAGUGUGGAUUUGUCUGGAGCUGGGCCAGCCCAAGAUGAGGUGGAGCACACAGCAGAGCAUCCUGUGCACCAAGAGCCCACCCAAGAAACGCUUGAGCACCAAGUGACCAACAGGUGGCCUGAGACCUCCUGCAAACCAGAGGAGGAUUCUUCGGUGUGUAAAUCACAAACUGCUGAUGGAGGAGAGAGGACACUGUCAGAUUCAGCUGCCUCCACAGUAGAGGAGAAGGUUCCCCAGGAAACUGAAGUAUCACUGGAAGAAUCUGGGAAGACAAGAGAUGGUGUCUCAGAAAGAUCCCAGGAAGAAGAUGACUUGGAUGAAGCCAGGCCUGCCCACAGUAAAAUGGAUGGCAAAGGAGACAGCCCUGUCCACCAGGAACCACGGAAGGAGCAGGAGACAAGCAAGCAAUGUGAAAGCUCCUACACAGCAGAGGAAGAUGCUUCAUCAAGAAGCAAGUCACUGAGCUCUGACAGUAAAAUGACACAUUCGGAUGUGAGUGCCACAGAAGAUGUCACCAAGGGCCUCUUGGCAGAGAAGAACACCAGUGCCCCUCUCCUAGACCGGGAGCCAGAAGAGCACAUAGAGCAAGAAACACAGGAGAGCGGAUCCCAAGGCACAUUAAGGAACAGACAUGGGACCAAAGGGCACACAGCCCCAAAGCCAGAGGCUCAGUCCUGCUUGCAGAAUGUCACCACCCAAAACACAGACCAGGAGAAGGCCGAGAAGGCCAAAAACUCCGUCUUGCUGAAAGGUGAGGAAAAGAAGCUUCCGUUGUGCGUUACUCAUCGACCAGAAGGCACUGAUCCUCCAGGAACAAGGCUUGUCAUCAUGAGCUUCGUAUUGCUCGGCUUCUGCAUAUUGUGCUUCGGCAACCCAACCUCCAAGUCCCAGCAAGCCCCCAAGAACCCCACAGUGGAGGCCUUUCUGUCCCAGUUCAACCAGCUGCAGGACAGGUUUCCGGGACAGAGUCCCCACCUGUGGCUUCGCGGGCGCAAGUUCCUGCAGAAGCACCUCAAUGCAUCCCACCACACACAGCCAGCCAUCAUCAUCUUCACGGCUGCCCGCACGGGUGAGCGAACCUUGCGAUGCCUUAGCACCCAUGUGGCUGACACCUACUCAUCUGCCCUGCAUGCCAGCACGGUCCAGAUCGAUGGCAUGGGGAAAUCCAGGCUCCAGAGUGACGAGGCUAAGCUGGAGGUGGACUCAGAGCUGAGCUCAGCUUUCCAGGCUGGGGGCCGCGCUGCGGUGAUACACCGCUUCGAGUUGCUGCCGGCGGGGGCCACCCUCAUCUUCUACAAAUACUGCGACCAUGAAGGUGCUGCUUUCAAGGAUGUGGCCCUACUGCUGACCGUGCUGCUGGAGGAGGAAAUGCUGGAGACCCACAUCAGUCUCCAGCAGGUGGAAGAGAGAGUCCGUGACUUCCUCUGGGCCAAGUUCACCAACACCAGGACCCCCAGCUCCUAUGACCACAUGGACUCCGACAAGCUGAGUGGGCUGUGGAGCCGCAUCUCCCACCUGGUUCUACCAAUCCACCCGGUGCAGAACAUCGAGAAGGGGGGCUGCCAUGUCCACACCAAACCCUAG